GAGAGAGAGAGAGAUGGAAUUUUUUAGCCAUAAAGGUAAAUAUAAUCUCCUAGGACAAAAACCUCCACUCUCCCACGACACAAAUUUGCAUACCCAUCUCUCUCUCUCCCUCUAUCUCUCUAUUAGUUUCUCUUCUUUGUUGUUGCUCUUUGUGCUCAUGGAAACUAGCACUGCUGGUGUUGAUGCUGCAGCACCUGCAGGGACACCCGGCAACCAUUCCCUUAAACACCAACAUUCUCAUUCUCAUCUUCCUAGCCAACACCAUGCCUCACUUUCCUCCUCUGCCAUUCGUAUCAUUAUCAUAUCGGGCAUCUCUCUUAUUAUUGUUCUUCUCCUCAUCUUGCUAAUUGUAGUCAUGCUUCGAAGACUUAAAUCUGCUCAGAAUAGAACCAGCGGCUUUAAAGACAAUAAUGGUUGUAUAAACAACACCAGUUGCAAGUUUAUUGCUCACACCACCAUCACGUUCACUUCUAGCCCAGCAGAUGUGAAGGGAGGGUGCCUAUAUGGAAGCAAUUUGGGUCAUAAAUCUCCAAGAAAGUAUGAAGGAGUCCAAGUUUUCACAUACAAGGAGCUUGAAGUAGCCACAGACAGAUUCAGUGAAGCAAAUGUGAUAGGAAAUGGAGGUUCCGGAGUGGUGUAUAGAGGUAUCCUGGCGGAUGGCACGGUGGCUGCCGUCAAAAUGCUGCGUAGGGAGGGAAGGCAAGGGGAACGUGCCUUCAGGAUAGAGGUAGACCUUCUAAGCAGGUUACAUUCCCCUUACUUAGUGGAACUACUUGGCUACUGUGCUGACCAGCACCAUAGGCUCCUAAUAUUUGAAUUCAUGUCCAAUGGUACACUUCAAAACCAUCUGCAUCACAGGCAAUAUCAGCCACUGGAUUGGGGGACCCGGUUAAGGAUAGCCCUUGAUUGUGCUAGGGCCCUGGAGUUCCUCCAUGAACAUACAGUUCCACCAGUUAUCCACCGUGAUUUUAAGUGCAGCAACAUUUUGCUUGAUCAAAAUUUCCGUGCUAAGGUUUCAGAUUUUGGAUUGGCCAAGAUGGGUUCAGAAAAGAUCAAUGGGCAGACAUCAUCAACAAGUGUGCUGGGGACCACAGGUUAUCUUGCUCCAGAGUCUGCCUCGACUGGUAAGCUUACGACAAAAUCAGAUGUAUACAGCUAUGGUGUUGUUCUUUUACAGAUUUUAACUGGCCGGGUACCCGUGGACACCAAGCGGCCUCCUGGUGAACAUGUCCUCGUCUCCUGGGCUCUUCCAAGAUUAACUAAUAGAGAAAAAGUAGUGGAAAUGGUUGACCCAGCUCUUCGAGGCCUCUACUCAAAGAAAGAUUUAAUUCAGGUAGCUGCCAUUGCAGCCAUGUGCGUGCAACCAGAAGCUGAUUACCGGCCUUUAAUGACAGAUGUGGUGCAGUCACUAAUCCCUCUGGUCAAGAACCUCUCUUCGAUAUCCUCCUCUGCUUCCUCUAGAUUUCAGAAUUAAAUAGUUAGUCCCAGGUCUUAGGGACAGUUCAAAAUUGUACAACUCUGAUGCUUCACUCUACAUUGUCAGGUUAAUAAUCAAUCUGAUAGGACUCAUGUUCUUAUCUUUAGAAUUGAAAUUUAGAUGAAACAUCGCGAAUAA